AUGGAGCCUUCCCUGAGAGCAAACCAAUCGUCGAUUCUAAGCGAAAUCGAACGUAUGCCAGAAGCGCCACGUCAGCGUAUCUCUCAUCACCGUCGAGCUCGCUCCGACACUUUCUUCUCCGGCGAAUCAAUCGACGAUCUACUCCUUUUCGAUCCUUCUGAUGUAGACUUCUCUUCCCUCGACUUCCUUAACUCCCCAACACCACCACCGCAACAACCACAGCAACCAUCUCCGAUGUCCGUCGAUUCUCCCUCCGAAGAAACCUCAUCCAACGGUGCUCCUCCGCCGAUUCCUCUUCCUCCUGGCCGUCACGUUCGCAGUUUCUCCGUUGAUUCCGAGUCCGAUUUCUUGGACGAUCUAACAACGGCCACGGAGGAUAAUCAUCCAUUCGCCGGGAAAUUAGCUACAGGUGAGAAGAGAGGUCAUCAUCGGAGUAAUUCAAUGGACGGAGCUACGAGUUCGGGAUCGUUUAACAUUGAAUCGGUUCUCGCCGCCAUGAGUUUCAAAGACGGUGGUGCUAAGAAGAAUAUGGGUAUGGGUAGUGAUAGACUUGCCGAGCUUGCUUUGCUUGAUCCCAAAAGAGCUAAACGGUAA